GUCUGCUGUCAGAACGUCACUAGUGAACUUGUUGGUGUGUGAUGUGCUAAGGAACCCAACGGAAAAGAACUCGUCUUGUUGGUGUUAAUAUAAUAUAAGUGACUCUUAAAAAAUGUAUUCUUGGCUGCGCGUGUUGGUGCUCAUAUCGCUGGCGGUGUUUGCCGUCACAGCGCUCGAAGAGGACACCCAGGCCGAGGAGGCGCAACCAGUAGAAGAGGAACCCGACUUUGUGGAUGACGGUGAUUCCCCUCAAGGUCGCACUCUUAGUGAAUGGAGCGAAUCUUUCUGGAGAUGGAUGGGCUAUGACUACGACGAGUACUAUGAGGAAGAUUACGACAACAACUUCAUCUUCCAGGCUGCCAGUCCUCAAAUAGGAUACGGGCUUCCAGCCGUCGGAUAUCUGUCGCCUUCGGGAGGAUCACCCCACUCCUCCUACAGCAGCUACGUUCCCGUCCAAGCUUCCCCGCAAUCGUUCGCUCAUCCAGCUAGAGAUGAUGACUACGACGAAGACAGCUGGUCAAUCACGGAUAUGUUGUUCGAUAUGGCAAUCACUGUUGUUCCCGUUGGUCUCCUCCUUUCUGCUUUGCCAACUGGUCUCUUCACCUUCGCCAUCAGAAGGCGUAGCUUCGAUGACAGCAACUUGCUGAUCGACAGUCUGGAGCCCACUGAAAUCAAUCGCAUCGUCUCCCUCCUGAAGAGCGACCUGACUGACCGUAGGUGCCAGGAAGAACUCUUCUGUGAGCUUAGCAAAGUUGGCGAGUAUGAGGACUCUUCUUACCUACAGAAGGCUUUCUACUACAUCUCGACUCUGACACCAGACUUCCUGGCCAGCAGAUUUGGUGUUGGCAGAUUGUUCCGCACCACACGCUCAGGGUACUGCCAGGCACUGCAGUGCCCUUCUAAACCUUUCCUAGAACCUCCCAAAAUAACCCACCAGGUUACAGAUACCAACCUCAUCUCUGAAGUUGUCACAGAUGCCGAAAAGGAGGCUACCGAGGUGUCCAAAGAAUGAUCUGAACCGCUGCUUACCUUGAAAUAAAACAGCCGAUCGUGACAAAUGAAUCAUCAUCAUAAUCAUCAUUCUGCAAUUUAGCUGACUUUUGUUCUUUGGAAUACCUUAGUUCUGUUUAGUUGCUGGCAACAAACUCUUCAAGAGCUGCUUAUCAGUGAAGUCAACCACAGCAGACCUGCGAGCAAAAGCAACGUAAGCUAGUCAUGCUAACCAAGGAUGCAUACGUAGGCGUCGCAUCACAUCAUAAUGCACCCAAGGACAUGGCUAUCAUUUAAGUUAUUAGUAAUCAGUACAUAUAUAUAUAUAUGCAAUGUUCUAAAAAAACUAAUUUUUUAUUCUCAGUUUUUCUAAAUCUCUGGGUAGGUUUCUAUUUUAACCACUGACGUGAACAGGUGACCGAUAUCUGUAGACAAAUGAAAUGUAGACAGACCUGCAGCAGACGCCACGGAACCACGUGACUUAGUUUAAAUCUCUCACGGUGCCAUAGCAGCCACAAAGUCUGGAAAUGCUCACAUAUGCUAACUUAUCUGCUACCAUUAACGCAACAGCUCGCGCAAUGCACAAUGACUGCUGUGAGCUUAUGUCAAUGGAAAAGCAGAUAAAACUUUGUGACUGCCAUGCUGACUUGAUGGACUUCAAUUUGUGCUCCCUAAACAUGUGUUCAGUUCUGCACACGAAUUAUCUAUCAGAAUCAAAAAUAUUUUUUUUUCCUGAUGAAAUGGCAUGCAAAACGGUAACGGAUUUCACUCCCUAUCCAAGGCUCGGAAAGCAAACCGUAAAAAUCAAAUGAAAAUGGAUGCCAAUCAGUGUGUACUUUUUGUGGUCCAUUAACAAGAUUCGCAUUGUAUUUUUGUAAGCAUCCCACAACCCACACCAUUAUGCGUUUCACAUUUCCGUUCACGGGAGAUUCAUUCUGCACUACUACAUAACCUUCCGUAAUUUAAGUGUGUGUGGUUAACGUGACUGAUAACGAUGUAGAUACUGUAUUUAUUUUUGUAUACGUAGAACAAUGUAUCAUCUAGCUAUUGGGGCUGGCCCUCAAUCCGUUUUAUACUCAGGCUCUCCUCCUGAAUACUUUCCACAGUACUUUUAAGGUUGCUCAAAUGACAUUAUUAGGACAGAACGCUUGACGCAAGGAGUCGGUAACACCUUUGCCAAGAUAAAAACACACAGCCAUACGUUUGGUUUAUGAAUUAGACUUAAAUGAUGUUGAAAUUAAAUGUAAAAUUGAGUAUUCUACUCAUUGAAAGAAUUACCAUUUCAAAGCCGAGUAUUUCUUAAAAUAGCAAAAUAUUCACAUGGCAAAGGUGAAACUGAAUCUUUUCAUGACUACGGGUAGACUUACAGCCAAAGACUUCCAAUGGAUUAGCACACGUCUGACAUUCAGUAUCUAAGGUUGCACUGAUAGUUACAGAUGACUUGUAAACAUUGACCCUACUAUAUAAUGCAACAGCCCAAGUCCAGUGGCUGCAUCUUCAUUUUUCAUUGAACACAGAUGUUUAUUCUCAGAUCGGAUCGAAACAAGUGACAAUAAAGACAUGUGACAUUACAAAUGAAAUGUGCUUAAAACUUACGCAACGACUGUUCAACAAGUCACACAAAUGUAACUUAUCACACAAUCACUGGAUUUUAUUAUGCAAAAGACACAAGCAUAUACUUAAAUUUGCUCAGCUCUUCACUGUUUCAGAUAAAUUUCAUGAAAUGAGUCAUUAGGCAGCAAAUUUCAUGUAAGGCUGAAGUCACUCUGCCCUUUUUGUGAACGUACACUUCACUUAUCCUAGACAUAAUAAUCAUAGCAUGCUUAUCAGAACAUAACUACCUGGGUUAUUUUUUUGCCCCCAAAAAACCACUGGUGCUAUUUCGUCAUUGAAGUGAAGAAAUAGAGGUCCAGAGACGGAAAUGGACUUUACCUAAGACAAGACUGUGAUAUAGAUUUAUGUUAGCUAGACAGCCCAGAAUGCCAGACAUAGACGAUAGCAAUGACAUGAUUUAUAAAUCUUUUCUAGCAUAGUGAAUCGUUCUUAAUUUUUCACAGAAUGACAACUAUCUGACCUUUUCUUUUAGUAUAUUAAUAAUAAUAUCUCAUUCAAGAAAACUGUGGAGCUGCAUUAAGGCUACGAUGCUACAGAGAUACAUCUGGCCAGAAGUGAAGAUCUGAAGUUUCUUACCGAGUUACUGACACUUGAAACUAUCACUUCUAAAUUUCUUAGAAGACAAGUGAUUGGAAAAAAAUAAACUUUUCCAUAAUAUCUAGUUAAGGAGGCAUCAAACAAUUCCAUUAACUGGAGAUAUGGAAACUGACUUUCCAUGACAGAAACAUUACAUAAUACAAUACACACGGUUUAACUCUGGUUCACUUUCUUAAAGCAUGCACAAUAAAAUUCACGGGUUAUGUUGAAUGUUGCAUUUCAAGUGACUGACGCCAACGACUACACUUCAGUUUCGAGUGAGUCUCGGUCUGCUAACGAAGUGAACUGACCUACUGACUUCUGUUGGACCAAAAAUGCAAUAUGAAUGUAAUCACAAUAUAAACAGUAUAUUAUGACAAGAAACUCUCUCAUCUAAGUUUUUCUUUGUUCAGACUUUUAGCACAGGACUUCUAUUAUAUUUAUGAUCAUGUUUUUUUUAUUUGUUAUCACCAUUUUGUACUUCCCUUUUGUUAUAUUUAUUAAGAAUAUUUAUUUUUGUUCUAUCAGUACAAUAAAAAGCAUCCUUUUCAAA